AUGCACGGAUAUGCCCCAAAUGCAGUGACCUAUGAUGAUGUGCAUGUUGACUUCACUUGGGAUGAAUGGACUUUGUUGAAUCCAUCCCAGAAGAGUCUCUACAAAGAUGUGAUGGUGGAGACCUACAGAAACCUCACCGCUAUAGGAUAUAAUUGGGAAGACCAUAAUAUUGAAAAACAUUGUCAAAGUUCCAGAAGACAUAAAAGGCAUGAAAAAACAUAUACUGGAUUGAAGCCCUAUGAAGAAAAUGAGUGUGGUAAAGCCCUUUUACAUCACGGUCAUCUUCGAAUGCAUAAUAGAUCAGGCAUUGGAGAGAAAGCCUAUGAAUUGAUAUAA